CACACCUAUCCGGAUCAUUUCGUUACACCCUGAUAAUGGAGACCUCAGUGGAAGCUGAGUUGUGCUUCCCACUGGUCGUCAACGCUUCCUGCAGCAAGACACAGCGUCCUCACCCGAUCGCCACCUACAUCCUCCUAUCGGCUAUGUCUCUGAUCACCGUCACUCUGAACCUGCUGGUCAUCAUCUCCAUCUCCCACUUUAAGCAGCUGCACACCCCCACUAACCUCCUGCUGCUUUCUCUUGCCGCCGCCGACUUGCUGGUGGGUUUCCUCAUGUUGUUUCCGAUUUCCCUCCUUGGAGGUUGUUGGCUCUUCGGUGACUUGGUGUGUGUUUUGUAUUUUGUUGUGGAUCACUCUGUCACAUCCGCCUCAAUAGGAAGCAUGGUGUUCAUAUCAGUCGACCGCUACCUGGCUAUCUGUGACCCUCUGUGUUACACCAUCAAGGUUACAAAAACCAGGGUGGAUAUCUCUGUUCUCUUAUGUUGGUCGGCGUCAUUUCUCUUCAACUGUUUAUGUUCCAUGGACAAUCUGAAGCAACCGGGCAGGUUCAACACCUGUGUCGGAGAGUGCGUGAAUGUAGUGUCGUACGUCGCAGGAAUGACAGACCUCUUUCUCUCCUUCAUAGGCCCGAUCACUGUGAUUGUGAUUCUGUAUACGAGAGUGUUUAUGGUGGCUGUGUCUCAUGCACGGGCCAUGCACUCCCGUGUGGGGAGCGUCACGUUGCAGGGUCCAGCCAUCAAAAGUUCUGAGCUGAAAGCAGCCAGGACCCUCGGGGUGUUGGUGGUCGUGUUCAUUGUGUGUAUCAUGCCGUAUUUCUGCGUCGCCAUCUCGGGACAGAACACACUGCUCAAUGCGUCAUCUGCAACCUUUAUUAUCAGCAUGUUUUACUUAAACUCCUGUCUGAAUCCAAUGAUCUAUGCCAUUUUCUAUCCCUGGUUCAGGAAAUCCAUGAAGCUCAUUGUGACACUGCAGAUUCUGAAGCCUGACUUUCAGCAGCCCAACAUAAUGUAG